UAUUUAAAAUGGAAGAAUACAUGCGAUUAUUACUUUAUAUGGACAGAAAAGGUAUUGUUAUGGACAUGAAAACCGUUUGUAAUGAAUUCAUAGAACACUUUACUGACUCAACAAUUGGCAAGUUUCAUCCUUUAACAUAUUUAUUGGAAAUCGACGUCAUGGACUUGCUCGAUCAGUUUCCAGAAAUAGGUUUCCUUCUGAUAAACGAACCGCUCAAGUUCAAUAAUAUCUGUAAUGAUAUUUUGUUUGCUUGUGUUCAAUCCUUUGAAAGUGAAUUUAUCCAACACAUUCGCCAGGCGCAAUUUAGGGUUACUCUCAGAGUAAAAUGUGUGCCUAAAGUUAUGACAGAUAAGAAAUCAAGGUACGAAAGCUUGACCACAUAUUACGGCACGCUCAUAUACAUUUCUAAGCCAACCAGCAGUGUAUUACACUCAGUCUGGACAUGUCCAGAGGAAUGCGAAGGAAAUGAGGUAAUUUUGCAUUACAUACCAAAAGUUUCUCCCAAAUGUUUCGUUUGUAAAAGCAUUCUUUUCGAAAACAGUGGGCUAAGAAGGUGUGGUGAACGAGUUAUAGCCACAUUUAAAUCAAACUAUAUGAUUUGUAAGAACUUUUAUGUCACAGACGAUCUUAUCAAGAAACUAAAUUUAGGCUCAAACUACGCUGUACAUAUUGUUGUACUAAAGAAAACAGUUGCGGUUUGGUCGCUUGAAGAGAUAUCUUCCUUGCAUUUGCCCAAAUCAUAUUCUGUUCCUACGGACAUCAGAGAAAUAUUUACUCAAUGCAAAGAGGUGCCUUGGAAAUUCAUUUACUGCUUAGCUUCUUCUGUCGGGAUACACACAAGCCCGUUCGGUUGUUUUAUGAAUGUCAAAAUUAAUCUCAUAGUAAGUUUAGUGAGCGUUAAGGCUCAUGCACGUACAGGAUCACCAAUUGUGCAUUUUUUAGCUGCCGGCUAUGACACAAGUUACGUAUGCGAAUUGAUGAGCCUAGCUGCAUCGUUAUCGGAUCGUUACACUGUCGUUGGCGUCUCGAACACUUCCGUUACUACUGCACUUACCGCUGCUUCGGGUGGAAUAUGUUUAAUGCCUCUUCAAAUUCAAUUCUACACCCACAAGCAUAUACAUACAAUUAUAUCCGCAUUAGAAACAAAUUCUAUUACGUAUGAGGGUAAUAGUGCUAAAUUGAAAUGUGCGGUUUGGGCACACGGGAGAGAUUUCAAGAAAUUAAGCCUCCACAAUAUUGGAAGUGUUUUUGGUAUUGUAUCUCGUGGUGAUUAUGGAGAAAAUCUGGAUGAAAUAGUCGACUUAAGACUUCAACAAGCUGAAGAAGCUCCAAAAAUAACGCAAGAAGAAAUAAAGGCUCUCAAGGAUAUUGCCACCUAUAUUGACCUGGUUGCAGACAUACGCGUGACCUUGAGCAAUGUUACGGAAAAAAUUCUGAGGAGCUACUUCCUAGCCGCGCGGAGAGAGAGUCCGAAUGUUGUUCCAGUUGCUACAAUGGGAGCUCUAGCAGCGCUCUGUAUGACAUCGGCAAAAUUGUGUCAACGCAAUGCCACUACAACUGAUGAUGCUGUAUUUGCAAUUUGGCUGCACGUAUGUGGAACUCCAGAACCGCGAUAUGCGCCCGAUGAAUAUUUACAAACACCGCCAAGUAUUAAAAAAUUGCACAAAAUAAUUGAAGAUUUCAAAGAUUGGCUUGAAAAAUUCAUUGGGCAACCUAUUUCCACUUUUUAAGUGUAACUGUU